AGGACAUGGUCCGCCGGCGGGCCGAGCACAACGAGUGUGAGAUCUUCUCCCUGGAGGAGGUUUCUCUGCACCAGCAGGACAUCGAGAGGAUGGAGCACCUGGACAGGUGGUGCAGAGAGCUGAGGAUCCUCUACCUGCAGAGCAACCUCAUACCAAGGAUCGGUGGGGGAACCGCGGUCAGAACCGCAAAGCAGAAUGUCGGCCGCCUGAAGAAGCUGCAGUAUUUGAAUCUGGCCUUGAACAACAUUGAAGUCAUUGAAAACCUUGAAGGCUGUGAGAGCCUCCAGAAACUGGACCUGACAGUGAACUUCGUGGGCCUUCUGAGCAGCGUUGAGUCUCUGCAGCACAACGUCCACCUCACGGAGCUCUUCCUGGUGGGGAACCCCUGCGCUCAGUUCGAGGGCUACCGGCAGUACGUGGUGGCUGCUCUGCCUCAGCUCAUGUGGCUGGACGGGACGGUGAUCAGCCGGUCGGAGAGGAUUCGAGCCUCUCAGGGCCUUGAGGAGGCGAGGAGGCGAGUGUGGGAGCAGGAGGAGGAGUACUUGAAGAGGAGAGGCACGGAGAAAGAGGAGGCGCUGAGGGAGAAAGGAGACGAGGAGAGGAAGCCAGGCUUCGACGGCCGCUGGUACACUGACAUCAACACGGCCGCCCCAGCGUUGGCGGAGAACCAGGAGAACCGGGAGGUGGAGGAGAACCUGGACGAGGAGCGGCGGGAGCAGGAGUUCUGGCACACGCCGUGUUCGUUCACGCCCGAGUCUCGUCUGGAGGCUCACCGCCACCUGGAGGAGAAGAAGAAGACGAAGGAGAAGUAAGUGUUUUUAAACUCAGUUUGGUCUCAUUAGAGCUCCUCAGAGUUCAUCCUCUCACCGUAGCUCCGAAAUCACAUUAAAAUACUGCGUGUGGAGAGAAAAGUCUUUAAUAUUUAUAUAUAAAACUCUACUUCCUGAAACAGAAAUGCCUCAGCUACAACCAAUGAGACACACAAACUGUUUCUCAAUC